AUGCGCAGCUCUGCGAUUCUUACCGGACUUUUGUCCGUUACCGCGGUGGCGGCCACACGAAGCUGGCAGCACGUCGGCAAGAAACAGAAUAAGCAGGUGCGCAGCGAGGCCAAUGUCUUAGACCAUUAUAUGGCUACGCGGGCUGUGCCUGAAGCGAAGUUCUUGAAUGACAACACCACCAAAUUUUCCGUCAAUGGCACGGGUAUUCCUGAUGUAGACUUCGACGCCGGUGAGUCGUACGCGGGAUACCUGCCCAUCAGCGACGACCCAAAUGACGAGAAUGAGCUGUUCUUCUGGUUCUUUGCCAAUAGUGAGGGCUCGGACGCCAAGGAGAUUCUAAUUUGGCUCAAUGGAGGCCCCGGUUGCUCCUCGUUCGAGGGUCUCAUUCAAGAGAACGGCCCAUUCAAUUGGCAGUACGGUACUUAUAAGCCCGUCCCUAAUCCUUGGGGAUGGAACCGCCUGAUCAACACUGUCUGGAUUGAGCAGCCCAUCGGCACUGGUUUCUCACGCGGUAAGGUGACCGCAACAAGUGAAGAGGACGUAGCACAGCAGAUGCUCGGCUUCUGGAAGAACUUCGUCAAGACCUUCUCCUUGCAAGGGUACAAGGUCUACAUAGCCGGCGAGAGUUACGCUGGAUUAUACUGCCCGUAUAUCGCCUCGGCCAUGCUUGAUGCGAACGACACAACGUACUAUGACCUUUCGGGUCUUUUAAUCUACGACCCUGUCAUCGGCAACGACAGGGUCCAGGACUCCGUGACCACUGUGCCGUUCGUUGAUUACCACCACAACUUGAUGCCCUUCAACAACAGCUUCAGCGAGUACAUCCACGGGCUCCACGAGUCUUGCGGUUUCGCGGCGUACCAGGACAAGUAUCUCACCUACCCACCACCGGGCCCGCAGCCAACCAACUACACCGAGACCGUGAACGAGGAGUGCACUGGUCUCUGGGAGCUUGUCAUCGACAACGCGCUCAGCAUCAACCCGUGCUUCGAUGUAUACCAAGUCGCCACAACGUGUCCUCUCCUGUGGGAUGUGUUAGGCUUCCCGGGUUCUUUUCCUUACAGUCCUGCCGGAUCUGGUCCGAUUUACUUCGACCGCGAGGACGUCAAGCGCGCAAUCCACGCCGACACCAAUUACACGUGGGAAGCUUGUUCCUCGGACGACGUAUUCGUCGACGGCAAAGACAAUUCUGACCCCUCCACCUGGCGCGUCCUACCGCACGUCAUUGACACCACCAAGAACGUCAUUAUCGCUCAUGGCACCUUGGAUAUGAUCCUCCUCCCCAACGGUACCCUGCUCAGUAUCCAGAACAUGACAUGGGGCGGCAAGCUCGGGUUCCAGAGCCCCCCUAUCGAGCCCUUCUUCGUGCCGUACCACAAGGAUUCCACGCCCAGCGAUAUCUACGCCGAGACCGACGCCACUGUCCUUGGAAGCAUUACUGGCGCCGGCAUCAUGGGGGCUGCCCACACCGAGCGCGGCUUGACUUACGUCGGCAUCGACCUCUCGGGACACAUGGUGCCCCAAUAUGCCCCGAGCGCAGCCUUCCGCCACCUCGAGUUCCUGCUCGGCCGCGUCGACAGCCUGAGCUCUACCAAGGCCUUCUCCAUCGAGAGCAACGUCACCCAGCCCGCGGCCGACACCCUCGGCAACGGCACCGGACCCGCGACGUAUGCCUCGUCGUCGGACAAUGACACUAGCGAUGGCUCGACGCCUGGUAAAGGCGCUGCGUCGUCGCUGAACGCGUUGGGGUCGUUGGCUGUCUCCGUGAUGGCCUUGGCUGCGCUUCUGAACUUGUAA